UCUUCUGCCGACGGCCAUUCGGAAAGAGGCGGAGACUAUCUCGCAUCAGGACCAGUCUGACUGCACCUGCAUCCUUAGCUCAGAGCAUCCCUGGAGCAUCUAAGAGGAAAGCGCAGCCAGCAACAAGGGAUCAGACUGUCGUAGGGGCAGUCGGCCAGACACCUUGUCCUCCCCUGAUCUGGAGGUCUACAGCCGCGCCCUCGGUACUGACAGGGAUCCCCAAAGUUGCCUGACCUCUGCAAAAGUGUUUCUAUCAACAGCCUCUGAUUAGAACAUGGCUGAAAUCACAAACAUACGCCCCAGCUUCGAUGUGUCCCCGGUGGCGGCAGGCCUCAUCGGGGCCUCUGUGCUGGUGGUGUGUGUUUCCGUGACUGUCUUUGUGUGGACAUGCUGCCACCAGCAGGCGGAGAAGAAGCACAAGACCCCGCCGUACAAGUUUAUCCACAUGCUGAAAGGCAUCAGCAUUUACCCAGAGACCCUCAGCAACAGGAAGAAAAUCAUCAAAGUUCGGAGAGACAAAGAUGGCUCUCGGAGGGAAAGUGGACGAGGGAACCUGUUAGUAAAUGCUGCAGAGUCGGGCCUGCUGAGCCACGACAAGGAUCCCAGAGGGCCUACCCCUGCAUCUUGUAUAGACCAGUUACCCAUCAAAAGAGACUAUGGGGAGGAACUGAGGAGCCCCAUGGCAAGCCUGACCCCUGGUGAGAGCAAAGCCACCUCCCCCUCAUCACCAGAGGAAGAUGUGAUGCUCGGGUCCCUUACCUUCUCAGUGGACUACAACUUUCCCAAAAAAGCUCUGGUGGUGACAAUCCAAGAAGCCCAUGGGCUGCCAGUGAUGGAUGACCAGACCCAGGGCUCAGACCCCUACAUCAAAAUGACUAUCCUUCCUGACAAGCGGCAUCGAGUAAAGACCCGCGUGCUGCGCAAGACCCUGGACCCUGUGUUUGAUGAGACCUUCACCUUCUACGGCAUCCCGUAUAGCCAGCUACAGGACCUGGUGCUACAUUUCCUCGUGCUCAGCUUUGAUCGCUUCUCUCGGGAUGACGUCAUUGGGGAGGUCAUGGUGCCACUGGCUGGAGUGGACCCCAGCACUGGCAAGGUUCAGCUGACCAGGGACAUCAUCAAGAGGAACAUCCAGAAGUGCAUUAGCAGAGGGGAACUCCAGGUCUCUCUGUCGUACCAGCCUGUGGCACAGAGAAUGACAGUGGUGGUCCUCAAAGCCAGACACUUGCCGAAGAUGGACAUCACCGGCCUCUCAGGUAAUCCGUAUGUCAAGGUGAACGUCUACUACGGCAGAAAGCGCAUCGCCAAGAAGAAAACCCAUGUAAAGAAGUGCACUUUGAACCCUGUCUUCAACGAGUCCUUCAUCUACGACAUCCCCACUGACCUCCUGCCUGACAUCAGCAUUGAGUUCCUCGUCAUUGACUUCGAUCGCACUACUAAAAAUGAGGUGGUGGGGAGGCUGAUCCUGGGGGCACAUAGUGUCACAGCCAGUGGUGCGGAACACUGGAGAGAGGUCUGUGAGAGUCCCCGAAAGCCAAUAGCCAAGUGGCACAGUCUGAGCGAGUACUAACCCUGGGGCCAGGUGGGGAGGAGCACGGCGGGGAGAGGUGACAGAGAAGCUGACUCAAAACCUCAUUUUAGUCAUAGAAGAAAAUUUCUUACAGAACAAACCAUAUGAAGAACAUCACACUUCACACAGCUGCAGAUUGGUUCUUAGCGUGAGUAUUGUUUUCUUCUUUGCAAGGCACUAGACGAUCUUUUGUUUUUUAAAAUGAGGGGGGAGAGAAGGAAAGACCCCAAGUCUAUAUAUAACAAUGUAACCUUAUACUUGCAUGUCUAAUACAAACAAGAGAUUAGCCUAACCAAUAUCAAGUUGCAGAUUUUAAUCCAUGAAAAUUGUGUUUUGUGCCGAAUUGUAUUUGCUGAUCCCCUGAAAUUGGCCUCUUUUUAUCAGGCUUCUCUGGGUUAUUCCAGCUCCCCAUCACUGCUGGAGAAAAGUCUGCUCUUGUAAAGCCCUGUGUCCCCAUCAUCCCAUCCCUUCUUAUGUCACCUCUCACAUCUCUGCUCUUUGGCCGAGUUCCAAAUCCAGAGGUCUGUAGUAAGCAAAGAAACAAGUGGGGUUUCCAGGAGAACGAGUAAUUGAGAGUGGGGUGUAUGCUGUUAAACACCUGCUCUAAAGAGGUGGCAGGGAGCCAGUGACUAGCAAUAGCCGCAGUGAGCAUGUGAGAUGUGGAGCUGGACCUAGAACUCACUGCCUUCUCUGGAGACUUCAGCUAGAGGGAAGUGCUGAUGAACGCUGCCAGCACAUCCUGGAUAGCACUUGCAGGUCAGGGAACAAGGGGAGGAAAUAAGAUGUCCUCAUGAUUUCUUCAUCGGCAGUCAGCAUGCCUAGGAGGUUUGUAAGGUUACACUGGCUUUUACUUUUCCAGAAAUGCUGUCUCAGCAGCUCUGGCACCUCCUCAUUGUCAACAAAAGUUGCUUUCUGUUUCAUAAGGAAAUGGACCUCAGAAAUGACUUUCUCCCUGAGGUUUGCAGUAAUGUCUCCUAAGAAAACUGAGUGGGGCUGAGUAGUAAGAGAAUAUGAAUGCCUUCAGAGCCCACUCUCCUCAGUGGGAGUGCAUGGCUGGUGAACGAGAGUCCCACAGGGUGAAGGGUGGGAAACCAAAGUUCCAUCAUCUUUCCGCCACUGGGCAGGACAGUGCGGAGCUUGAGUGUGUGCUGGAGUUCAGAUCCAGAUCUCCGUGUGGAGACGUCCAGAGAAACAUGAGACUUCAGGAAGGAGAGGCGAGCUUGGACGGGCAGUGCCUAAUUUUGACAGCCUGCAGAGGACCUCAGUCAAAUAAGCUUGAUCCAGGACCUGAAAGAUUAGCUCUAACUGCAGUGUCCACUUCCCUGCGACACCAUCACUUUCUAGCGAGCUUCUGCGAAGGGUGGACAGCUGGAUUUCCAUGGAGAGGGUGGAGACCCGCCUUUGGUGUUCCCCUAGUGCUUGCAGAUCUGAGUCCACUCUGCCUCCAUCCCCAACCUUUCAUUUGUCUUUCCUUUUGUUUGCCUGUUUUGUUUUUGUUUUCUUCUGAUUCUCGACAAUGCAAAGCAGUCCUGUAGGCAGGAAACCCCACUCUGCUUUUGCUGUUGUCAACCUUCAUACUCCAUAAUCUGACUCACUGUCUCAACAUCAGCUGGGAUCACACCACUAGUCUCCGUCCUUUAACCCAUGGAGUGUAAAUAUUGUAUCAUAUGUAGAAGAAAAUACUUUUUGUUUUCUAAAAAGGCAUUUUGACAUAGUUUAAUGAAAACCUGGCAGGAGCAUUCUAAGCCCCAUUAGGGAAAGAAAUCGAAAUGGUUCCUCUUCAUCGCCUUAAUGUGUGAAGAUCAGAAGUCACUGAGCAGCUUCGUUUCCUUGGCAGAAACCGUGCGAAGUGACAGGUGGAAUCUGGGCUCUGUCCCGCUGUGUGUGCCUCUGUAGCUCCCCCUGAAGGUCUGGGAAACAGCCUCACCUGCACUCCUUCCUCCCUAUCUUCCUGCAGCUCAAUCCCCGGCAUCCCCUGGGUCUGUGGAGCAGCAAGAGGUGGUGAGGAGCUGGUACUUCCACAGGCUUGGGGCUGCCUCAGUGUCUUUGCCAGAAAAAGGCUAAGGGGUGGGCAGUACAGGGUCUCUCCCUCCUACCUCAGGCCUGACCCAUCAUGCCCUGGACUCUGGUAUCCUCAAGCUUCUUAGCUGACUGCGGCUUUCACACCUGUUCUUCACAGAGCUCACUGAUGUGGGUGGAGGCAGAGUGCCUCCUCCUGUCCGUGGAAAGACAAGAGAUUCACAUCCCAGCCUUUGCACAAGGCCCUUGUGGUUGGGACUAGGUUAGGGAAAGGUCACUCUUGAUUUCUCAACAGCAAGUCUGUCUAUGUAGAUUUUUGCCUCUUUGGGGACUGUGAGAGCUAUUCACACUAUCAAAGGUUCCCUUGGGAGUUCUUCCUCCUUUCGGUUCUCAGCACAGCCACGGUGUACGUGUUUAUGGACAUUGCUGUGCUGGAGAGCAGAUAUAACUGCUGUGUGGGACCAGGGUGACCUGCUAGGAGAGGGAUAUGGAAGACUUUCUGUUCCUACUGGUCAUGACAGUGACAUCACCCUCACCAUGAUCCCUCUCCAAAGUGGUCAUCUUUCUUUACCUGUGUCUUCUCUUGUAAAAAUAAAAUUCAAAAAUAAAAGUGUCAAAUUAAAAAGAAAAAAAAGACAAAGCUAACAUGAACUGUGUGAAAUUGCAUAAUGCUGUGACGCUAACCUGCAAUAUGUAACGCUAUCUUGUAUGUUGAACUUGUUAAUGCGCCACACACGUGCAGAAUAAAGACUGACUCACGUUAAAUAGG